AUGAGUGACCUUCCGCAAACCAUCGUCUGCAAGGCGGCCGUUGUCAUGGCUCCCGGCCAGCCCUUUGAAAUAAUGGAGAUUAACGUAGCACCCCCCAAACGAGGCGAAGUCCGUGUGAGGAUUCUCUACGCGUGCCCCUGCCACACGGAUGAGAUCACUCAACGAGGGGUUGACCCAACUGGCAAAUACCCGUGCAUCUUGGGACACGAGUCCUGCGGAGAGGUGGAGUCCAUCGGAGAAGGCGUCAUCACCUGCAAACCCGGCGACAAAGUCAUCCCCCUUUGGGAGAUGUGCUUGUUAGGAUGUGGAGUGCCAACGGGCAUGGGCGCUGCCAUGAACACAGGAAAGGUUGAAAAGGGAUCUACUGUAGCUGUCUACGGACUCGGCUGCGUUGGCCUGGCGUGCGUGGAAGGCGCCCACCUGUGUGGUGCAAAGGAAAUAAUCUGUGUCGAUAUCAACGACCACAAACUGGAAGUUGCAAAGAAAUUCGGAGGCACGAAAUUCAUCAAUCCGAAGAAAUUCGACAAGCCGAUUCAGGAAGUUAUAAUUGAUAUGACAGAUGGCGGAGUAGACUACGCAUUUGAGUGCACGGGGAGCACCAAAGUGAUGCGCAGCGCACUUGAGUCGACUUGCAAAGGUUGGGGCCUAGCAGUUAUCGUCGGAAUCGGCGAAGCCGGCAAAGAGAUCAGCACCAGACCGUACAAUUUCAUUGUAGGACGGCAACUUAAGGGCUCUGUAUUUGGCGGCUGGAGAUCCAGAGAGGACAUUCCUAAGCUCGCCCAGAAAGUCAUCAAUGGAGAGAUUAAGUAA